AUGUCAGUCUCUUCAGCCGAGCGAGAUGGUUUGAUACGAGCAGCUUUCGAAGGCAAGUUAUAUCCCCCUGAUGCCCUGUUAAUGUCUCACCAAUGCUCUGUAGCAAAAGAUAGGGCCUACAGUCCUUACUCACAUUUCCCUGUGGGUGCUGCUCUACUGGCCAAAGAUGGUGCUAUAAUACGGGGAUGUAGCGUUGAUAAUGUGAUCUACAGCGAGACGAUCUGCGCAGAGCGUGUUGCUAUCGUCAAAGCCGUUAGCGACGGAGUCACCGAUUUCAGAGCACUCGCCGUCACCUCAAAUCUAUUUUCCGCCAUAACACCAUGUGGAUUGUGCCGUCAAGUACUGCAUGAGUUCUGUGAUCCUCGCAUGGCGAUAUUUCUGGUUCCGGGCGACUACCCUUCUUCUGACGUCAGAGAGACGACACUUGGGAAGCUAUUUCCUGCAUUGGCUGGACACUCGGCAAUGGUACAUUAG